CCGAGUAGCGAGUGCCACAUUCGCGAGUUCGUCUCGUGCACCAUAGUGUCAUGAGGGCUCGUCUGUUGACACUGGCUGUGCUGCUGAGCGCGGCGACCGCGCAGGACAUCACAAUAGGCGUGGUGGGCGCGGAGCCAGAGCGCGCGGCGAUGCUGGCGGCGGCGGUGGACGCGGCGCAGAACAUGUCGGGUCCGCCGGCGCCGACCGCGCCCGUGGAGCCCCGGGAGCCGCUUGCGGUGCCGGUGCACGUCUGCGACCAGGCGGAGUCGGGCGUAGCGGUGGGUGUGGGCGGGGGCGCGGGCGCGGCGGCGGCGGCGCGCGUAGGUCUGGCGCUGCUGCUGGCCGACGCCGCCACCUCCGACGAGCAGCGCCUUGCCGCACUUGACUUGUUCCCGCACGCGGACGUGCUGGCGGAGGCGUGUGCGGCGCUGUGCAAGGCGAAGGAGUGGCGGCAGGCAGUCCUGCUCCACGAGGGCAGCGCCAGCCCCGCACCACUGCUCGCGCCCCUGGCGGACGAGCUGGUGCUGCGCGCGCGCCAGCUGCCUCCACCCGGCGACGACGAUGCGCUGAGGAACCUGCUGUUGGUACUGAAAAAGAGCGGCGCGCGGAACUUCAUCGUGUGGAGCGGCGCGGUGACGGCGGUGCGCGUGCUGGACGCGGCGCAGCGCGUGGGGCUACUGGCGGAGCGUCACUCCUACCUGCUGCCCGUGCUCGACUUGCACACGGAGACGCUCGCUGACUUCAGCUACGGCGGGGCCAACAUCACCGCUCUGCGGUUGUUCGACCCUGAGUCGAAGGAGGUGCGCCAGGCGAUGACGACGUGGCGGGCGGCUUACGUCGAGCGGCUCGGGGACGCCGCCGAAGCGCAGGUGGAGCAGAUAGAUCAGGUGGUGACCAACCCUCCGUCGGAGCUGGUACUCGUGCAAGACGUAGCGAAACUGAUGUUCAAUGCGGCGAAGCUGCUCCGCCUGCCUUCUCUGCCAGCCGGGGACUGCGCGCGGGGCCGCGCCGCAUUUCACGCCGACACGCUGCUGAACUACGUGCGCUCGGAGGAGGACGGCGGCGCGGGUGGCGGGCUGGCGUGGGCGGCGGGCGGCGCGCGGCGUACGGUGCGGUUGCACGCGGCGGAACUGGCGCGUGGAGGCCGUCUAGAGACGGUGGCGCGCUGGGGGCUCGACGCGGGGCUGGCGUGGAACGCGCGUCCGCCGCCUCCGCCGCUCUCCGGUGACGUCAUGACCAACAGAACAUUCGUGAUACUUAUAGCCAUGAACCAACCAUACGUGAUGCGGCAGCUGUCGCCGAACCGUCUGGCCGGAAACGACCGUUACGAAGGGUUCUGCAUUGAGCUGAUCGAGCGACUGUCGCAGCUACUGCACUUCAACUACACUUUCAUAGAGCAGCCGGACGGCGCAUACGGCACGCGAAACAAAACCACCGGCGAGUGGAAUGGCAUGAUGCGUCGGCUCAUGGACGACCCCGGCAUCGACUUCGCCAUCACCGACCUGAGCAUCACGGCGGAGCGCGAGGAAGUGGUCGACUUCACUACUCCUUUCAUGAACUUGGGUAUUAGCAUAAUGUUCAGCAAGCCGCAGCCGCCGGAGCCGGCGCUGUUCGCUUUCCUGUUGCCCUUCUCUCGCGGCGUGUGGGUAGGACUGGCGCUGGCGUAUGUGGGCACGUCGUUGGUGCUGUUCGCGGUGGGUCGCCUGUGCCCCGAGGAGUGGCAGAAUCCCUAUCCGUGCGUGGAGGAGCCCCCGGCGCUAGAGAAUCAGUUCACACUCGGCAACGCGCUAUGGUUCAACCUGGGUGCGGUGCUCCUGCAGGGCUCGGAGAUCGCGCCCGUGGCGUACGGCACGCGGGCCGUGGCCAGCGUGUGGUGGCUGUUCGCGCUCGUCAUCACCAGCUCCUACACCGCUAACUUGGCGACUCUGCUUGCCACCAAGACCUCCACCGAAAUCAUACACAACGUGCGCGAGCUAGCCGAGAACGACCUUGGCAUCGAGUAUGGCGCUAAAAAGGACGGCUCUACCUAUACUUUUUUUGAGAUGUCCAACAAUCCGUUGUACAAAGGGAUGUUUGAGAAGAUGAAGGAUCAAAAGAUGCCAGUGAGCAACCAGGAGGGCAUAGAUAGGGUCGUAGAAGGGAACUACGCAUUUCUGGCCGAGUCGACCACCAUCGAGUACACCGUCGAGCGGAAUUGCGAAGUGGUGAUGGUGGGGGACCAGCUGGACAGUAAGGGCUACGGCAUCGCUAUGAAAAAGAAUUCUGUGUAUCGGCAAGCGCUAAAUUUGGCAUUGCUGAACCUGCAGGAAGCUGGCGUGUUGCGAAACAUGAAGCAGAGCUGGUGGAAGGAGAAGCACGGCGGCGGGGCCUGCCAGAAAAGCGAGGAGCGCGAAAGCGAGGAGAUGUCGAUGCGUAAUUUCCGAGGACUGUUCUACGUGCUGAUCGUGGGCUGCGGCAUCGGAGUGGUGAUCUCCACCUGCGACUUGGCGUGGGCGGCGUGGCGGCACCCUCGCGACCCCGAGCGGCCCUUCGGAGCGAGAUUCUGGGCGGAGCUGCGCUUCGUGUUUCGCUUCGACCGCUCAGUGAAGCCGGUGCGGGGGCCGCUGCUGACACCCACGCCGACCGCGUCCGCCCGCAGCACCGCGCGCUCGGCCACCGCGCCCGAGUCGGGGUCGCGGCGCUCGCCGUCACCGCGCCCGUCCGCCCGCUCGCCGUCGGCGUCGCUACGAUCGCGCAGCGCGCGCCGCUCGUCUAUGCACGCAGCGAGCGCGCGCCUCGCACGUCACGCCUCGCAUCCACGCGAAAGUCUUCGUGAUGGCUACUGAGGACUGAGCCAAAGAGGAUAUAUAAACUACGUGACUGAGCAGUGACCUCGGACACAUUAUAAUUAAUUUUGAGCUGGCAGUGAACUAAUAAUAAUAUUAUUAGCCCGCAGGGCAGCUUGUGGCGAGCUGUUGGGGAGUAGCGACCCCACGUACCCGAGUGCUCCCAGGGAAGCCCCUGUUCUUCAUCUCCGGCUUGCCUUCACCGGCCGGAAAAUGGUGAAAUGGGGAAAAUGGUGAGACAAUUCUUGUGUCAGCGCGCGAAUAAUUUUUGACCAGAGAUUCAUACAACAACUUUCAUUUUUGCAGCUCGAUAAUAUAAUGUUUAUUCUGGUGAACUCAAAUAACCAAAUUAUCUGCAAUAA